AUGGAGCAGAAGCACGAGAGCCACACCGACACAGUCGAGCGCAUACCCGCAACUCACGAACACCCAGACGCGUUCGAGGCUCCCGCUCAACAUGUCCAAGAACUCAAUGAAGCCGAGCACAUCAACUUGAGCUGGCGGUCAUGGAUUGUGGUGUUCGUGACCUGCUUCGCCGUCAUGGCACAGGUCUUCGUGGUGGUGGCUGCUGGUUCUGUCAUUGCGUUCAUCAUUCGAGAUCUUGGCGACGCAUCUAUUGCUGGCUGGAUUAUCCAGGGACCACUGCUCAUGCAAAGCGUGCUAUCGCCCAUCGUCGGUCGUCUAAGUGAUGUGCUGGACCGCAAAUGGCUAGCCACAGUGCCUCCUGCCAUUGCAUUCAUCGGCGCCGUGGUUUCAGCUAAGGCUACCAGCAUGACUAUGCUGAUUGGAGGUGGCAUACUCAUCGGCGUCACCCUCAGCAGCAUAGCCAUCGUUCAAGCUAUACCCAGCGAAGUUCUCCCACUCAAGUAUCGUGCACUCGCCAACGGCUUUGCGUUCCUUGGCGGAGCUGUCGGAGGUCUUGUGGGCAGCCUUGGAGCAGGUGGUGUCACCAAUUCCAAUCCUGGCGGGUGGAGAGGCAUCUUCUGGAUGCAGGCAGCUUUCCAUGCUGCGACUGUCAUUGGUUUGCUUGUGUUCUACCAUCCCAAGCAAGGCUCCGACUAUGGCAAGCUUUCCGUCAAGCAGGUUCUUUGGGCUUGCGAUCCUAUCGGCAGCUCGAUGUUCAUCAUCGCAGCUACGAUGCUCCUCCUCGCUCUCGACUGGGCUGGCGGGGCCUACGAUUGGUCGAACGCACAUGUCGUGGCACCUCUGGUCGUCGGCUUUGUCUUCCUCAUCGCAUUCUGUCUCUAUGAAUGGAAGGGACGAUCAGAUGGCAUCGUGACGCAUGCCUUCUUCAAAGGCUCGCCGAACUUCGCACUGUCCGUCUUCGCUUUCGCUGUCGAGGGCUGGCUCUUCUACUCUGCAGUCAACAGUGUCACGCCCCAGAUCGUUCUCAAUCUCGGCUUCGAGAACAAUGCCUGGGAUAUCUCGAUCCGACAGCUGAGCUAUAACCUCGUCGCCUUGUUCGCCUCGAUCCCAAUCACACUCUAUGCGACCAAGUACAAGGACCUAAAGUCGCCGUUGGUGUUCACCUUCGUCGUUUUCCUCGCAGUAUGCAUAUGCUACGCCCUCGUCACCCCAUCAAUGUCGAACGCCCAAUACGGCUUCAACGUCCUCUCCGGUCUUGGCCAGUCCGGUCCACUCACCCUACUCGUGGCGUGCGUCCAGUUCACCGCGCCACACUCCCAUCUGGCCACAGCCACAGGGCUCGCCUUCUCAGCCCGUGCCAUCGGCGGCGCAUUUGGAUCAGCGGUCCUUGAUGUUAUCAUCAACAACAAGCUCGGAAGCACCUACGCCCAAAAAGUGUCGUCUGCAGCUAUCGAAGCAGGUCUACCAGAAUCUUCCGUUGAAGCUCUUCUGGGCGCUUUCGCAACAGGUAUGGGCUUCAAUGAUAUUCCUGGUGCCACGCCAGGUGUGCUUGCUGCAGCUACGAAUGCGAGUCAUUGGGCUUAUGCGAGAGCUUACCGACUAGCGUGGACGAGCGUUAUCCCUUUUGUCGUCGUUGCGAUUGUGGCUGUUGCUUGUCUGAAGGGCGUAAAGGACUUGAUGACUGAGAAGGUGGAGGCUACUGUUGAGAGGGUGCCGAAGACGGAUGAGAAGGCUUAG